AUGACGGAUGCACCAGUGCCUGGUGAGACAGCACCUUUGGCAGUGCAUGAUUCUUUCAGAGCAGGUUUACGAGAGGAAGAUGCAGCGAGGCACGGUGCUGCAUCAUCUACGCGACGGAGACCCGGUCCAUCGUUUGCACCGACACGUCCGGUCAAUGUGCCAACAAAGGCGCAGCAGGCGUUGCAACUUCAGAUGCGGCAAAUGGAAUUGAAGCAACUGGCAUUGCAAGUCAAGUUGAAGCGCCGGCAAGAAGAGCAAGCCAAAGAAGUCGACAGGGUUUUAGCAGCCAAGCAGCAUCAGCUCGAACGCGAACGGCAACAUGCUUUCCUGGAGGCUCGCGAGAGGGAGCGUGGUCUGGACCUUCGUCCAGGAGGGGCGACAUCUCCCCGUGAGCAGUUCCAAGAUUCGCCUGUGGAGUCUGCCGAGGAGCUGGUGGAAGACAGCGAUGGCUCUUCACCAAGACGGCUAGUCAUUCGGGUGCAAGAUGCCCGCGCAAUAGAAAGGGGGCGGGAGAAGGUCGCGCACAAGGCUCUGAUGGCAGAGCAAGCCGCUCUCCGGGAAGUGGCUGCAAGGGACGAGGCAGCGAAGCAGGAACAGGCUGCCAGGAGGAUCCAAGCCUUCCGAAGGGCAAGCCAGGUGCAGCGAGAAAAGGCCCAUGCGGCAUCGGAGCGUAUGCAGCGUGCACAUCGUGAGCAAGGUGCCCAGCAUGGCCGGAGUGCGCCAGCAAGCCGAAGCACGAGUCCCCAAAGUCGACGAGAUGAGGCGAAGCAAGCAAAGGGGCGAGCCGCCUCGGAGUCGCCGCGUUUGCCGAGAAAAGCCGUCCAACCACGGAACCGCACGCCUCCGCGAGGGGCUUCUCCGUCUCCAUCGCCCGCCGCGCGGCAACCUGGGCAAGUGCGAGGUGCCUCGACGCCGCGAAAGCAGACACGCUCAGGCCCCGGCCCGAACAGAGCACCUUCCAGAUCUCAGAGUAUCGUGCCAGAAGGACGCCCUCGAGCCGCAGCUCGCAGCUUGUCGCCCUCAUCGCGCAGUCCGCCGGACCACAGAGGUCGUGGCUCGCAGGCACGCAGUCCAUCAUCCCCAAACUCGAGGAGCCCGCAAAGGCAGCAGUCUGGUCUCGAACGUGGCUUCAGCCCUCCAGGCUUCUUGCUCCCAGACCCUCCCUCUCCGCUGAAUCUGCGGGAAGGUGCCAGCGUGAGGACUCCCUGGCUUCCCUCUGGCUCGCCAUCGCGGCCAUGCCAGGGUCCUGCCACAGGCGAUGGAAGGGAAGACGGAGCACCCCCACGACAGAGGAGCGCCAGAAGAGAGCUGCAGAUGCGGACAGCUGAGGAGCAGGAAGCGCAGCGUGGAGUGUUCCAUGCCACGCCAUCCAUGGAGGUGACGUUUGCUGCGCCAAAAAUGCCCGGCUCGCCCAACUCGCGGCUGGAGCUGCCACUCCACAGCGCAAGCAGCAGCAGGAAGCCCAGUGGCCCCGGCCCCCCAGGAGCCCGCCAUGACUUUGUCCAGAAUCCGACCUUUUGCCAGGCCGCAAAGGGCCGUGGGCUGCCAAGCGCGGAGGAAGCGGAGCGCAUGCUUGAAUCCCCGUUGAUGGGGGUUUACCACCCGGAGAUGCCGGUGCAGGAGGCCAAGGAGCAAGCACGACGCGCACCGUCGCCACCCGACAGGUCCGGAGGAACUGGCAUGGCCUGGUGGGUGGACUUUGCUGGAGCCGCUCCGCCUCCACAAAUGUCCCCUUUGCGAUGUGGAGAGCACUCGCUUGGACUCGGCGAAGAGCCCGAACCCUCGGACCAGCAAGGCGCUUUUGUCGGGCCUGGGCCGGCUUCAGAACCAGUGGAGCGGAGGCUUGCGGAGAUGGCAAGGAUCCGAGAUGAGAAUGGCCGACGAGCCCUCGGACAGGCUGGGCAUGCUGAUAUCGUGGGCAUGCCCCCUGUGCCAAGCCGCAAUGCACAUGAUAGCUGGAGCGAGGCGCCAUCAGUCGGAGAGAACUUUGCCCAUCGGCUGGGCCUGUUUCAGCGUGGAGAUCUCACGCCACCGCCUGUCCCCUCCCGCAACCCCUCGGAACUCUGGGAGCUGCGUGUGCGACAAACCAGCUCACAGCUGGAGAUGCUUCGAGAACUCGAGCAGCAACGUGGAGAUGCGCCUGGUGCAAGGGCCGCGAGAGUCUUCAACUUCAGUUCUUCUCCGCGAGAUUCUCCGCAGCGUCGCAGCCAGAGUCCGAAGAGUCCAAGGAGAACUCCUGCCUUCGGUACCAGUGACCCAGUGAUCCCCUCACAGAAGAUCAUCCAGAAGUACUCAGACUAUUUCGUUUCCUCUCCAAGCAAUAAAAACGGACGUGGCGAUCGGGCCUUGGCCGAGGCCUCCCCGACCAGACGGUCAGCGCGACCUGACACCAGCCCCAAAUCCAAGCAAAAGUCCAAGGUGGUGUAUCCGCGGUCCCGCGAAGUACAUGCGUGGCAGGCUGCAGGUUUUGAAGCUGCCAGCGUUUACAAGGGCCUGCGGAACGCCGCCGGCCUCCGUGAAGGAUGGGGAGUUCUGAACCAGAACGAUGGCAGCACUUAUGCCGGGCAGUGGGUCUCAGGCAAGCGGCACGGCGUGGGCACGCUCGUCUUCGACGGCGGCAUUUUCGAGGGUCAGUGGGUCCGGGGUGAGGCAUCUGGAAGCGGACUGGUGCGGUUUACCAACGGUGACAAGUUCGAAGGCCAGUACUCCGGUAACCGAAAGCACGGCUUUGGCACAUAUGCCUGGGCCGACGGUGCAGUGGAGGAGGGUCAGUAUUUCAAUGGGCAGAAGGCAGACUGGCACAUGUGGCGUCAAGGGCCUUCGCAAUGGAAGCUGCGCUACGAGAGCGGUGCUGUGGUCGAGGCGCAGCAGGCAAACGGAAAGAAGCCAAGUCGAGCCGCCGGAGUCUAUCCGCGCUCGAAGGAGCCUCGUCUCUCGCCCUUUGCAAGCUCAGAUGCGUCGAAGCCGAAGCUGAAGGCGAAGGCAGCGCCGAGGUCCAAGGCGAUGGCGUCAAGACGACAGGAGGAGGAUCGCUCCGGCUCGCCCGCAGCCAGCCUCAUUGCUGACCUGCAGCCCCAGGAGCCUGGACGGCCAGCCUUGAAUCAGGUCUCGGCGUCUCGACUCCCCGACACAGAAAGGCAGCAACCCAGAGUCGCAACCGAAGCAGCGAGCUCCAGCGGCAAUCCGGCGCGCCUGGCCUUCGCCAUCUCUAAGGUGAACAGCCUCUACAGGCAAGUGGCCCUUCCGGCAGAGGCUCACGAGUCCUUCUGA